CCGCAUGGCCCGGGGAGCUGGGCCCAGGGCUCCGCGUCGCCGGUCUCCAGGAGCAGCCGCGCCGCCACCGCCACCAGCGCAAGGCCAUGGUCCGAGUCUGAAAGUCGCGGCCGGGCGGCAGCUCCGCCUCUAGCCCCGCGGCCCUCCUCCGGGGACCCGGAGCCGGAAACCUGGUACAGGAAGCGCUUGGGCCCCGCCCGGCCUCCGCCUCCCGCUCCUCCGGGGCUCGUUUUUCCGGCUGCCGGCGGCGGGGCAGCCCGCUGGUAAGGCCCGGUGUCCCGGAGAGGCGGCGGCCAGCCCUGGGGCCACCAAACCUGGCCUCCUGCGGGAUGAACGCUCUGUCCCCACCCCUUCCCCGGAGUCGCUCGGGGGACGGCCGGUCACUCCAAAGUGUACCUUUGGUGGCUCAGCUGUUGGCAAGAAAUAGCACAGUGCGCCGGAAUCGGCAGCCACGAAAGUCUCGCUCUGCGUAUUUUGGCAGAAAUAUGAUUCAGAGCACAGGGUUCUGGUUCUGUGGCCUAACCCGGAGACCACAGUUCCCCCUUCUGCUUCUCUUGAGGGUGACCUGCCACGUUGUCGUGAGCUGCCUUUUACAAUCUGCCGCAGAAGGACGUGUCCACCUUCUGCCACUUUCCAGUAACAAGUCCAACCACGUUCAGAGCUACUGUGAAAGAGAAACUAAAUUGGCCCUCUCUCUCGACUUUUGGACUCUCUCCUCUGAAAACCUAAUAGCUGUGUUGCCAGUUGAUCCUGUUCAGGAAAAUUAUGUUCGUAAAGUGAAAAACUGUAUUUUUUCAAUUGCCUUCCCUACUCCCUUCAAAUCAAGAGUACUUCUUGCAGCAGUCUCAAAGGAAGUUCUAGAAGAUAUUUUGGAUCUUGAUGUUUCUGUAUCAGAAACGGAUGAUUUUAUCCAGCUUGUUAGUGGUGGAAAGAUAGUAUCUGGAUCUGUUCCAUUGGCUCACCGAUAUGGUGGCCACCAGUUUGGGAUGUGGGCAGAUCAGCUUGGAGAUGGAAGAGCUCACCUUAUUGGAACUUAUACGAACAGGGUGAAAAAAUGGGAGCUCCAGUUAAAAGGCUCGGGAAAGACCCCAUAUUCCCGAAAUGGUGAUGGUAGAGCAGUACUUCGUUCCUCAGUGAGAGAAUUUCUGUGUAGUGAGGCUAUGCACUACCUUGGAAUUCCAACUAGCAGGGCUGUAAGCCUGGUUGUAAGUGAUGAUGAAGUAUGGCGAGAUCAGUUCUACAAUGGAAAUAUUACGAAAGAACGAGGUGCAGUAGUGCUUCGUGCUGCGAAAUCAUGGUUUAGAAUCGGAUCAUUAGAAAUUUUGGCUCAUUAUGGUGAGCUGGAUUUAUUGAGGACACUGUUAGAUUUCAUUAUACAGGAACAUUUUCCCUCAAUAGAUGUCAAAGAACCUAAUAGAUAUGUGGAUUUUUUUUCUACUGUGGUAUUUGAGACAGCACAACUUAUUGCCUUAUGGAUGUCUGUUGGCUUUGCUCAUGGUGUUUGUAAUACUGAUAACUUCAGUUUGUUAUCCAUUACAAUUGACUAUGGUCCAUUUGGUUUUAUGGAGGCCUAUAAUCCAGAUUUUGUACCAAACACAUCAGAUGAUGAAAGAAGGUAUAAAAUAGGAAAUCAAGCCAGUAUUGGAAUGUUUAAUUUAGACAAGUUGUUGCAAGCUCUAAACCCAUUAUUGGAUCUUGGGCAAAAGCAGAUUGCUGCUCAGAUUCUCCAUCAGUACCCUGUUCAUUAUUAUGCAAGGUUUAGAAAAUUGUUCAAAGCCAAACUGGGAUUACUUGGUGAAAAGGAGGGUGAUGAUGAGUUAAUCGCAUUACUCUUACAUCUCAUGGAAAAGACAGAAGCUGACUUUACAAUGACAUUUCUGCAGCUCAGUGAGAUUACCGAGAGCCAGUUACAGGAACUCAACAUUCCUCAGCAAUUCUGGGCACUGAAGACAAUUUCAAAGCAUGAACUCUUUCCUACCUGGGUGUCCAAAUACAUUUUGAGACUGAAGAGUAACAUGAAUGACUCAGUUUCUGAAAGAAGAAAAAGAAUGAUAACUGUGAAUCCUAGGUAUGUGCUGAAGAACUGGAUGGCUGAAUCUGCAGUACAGAAAGCAGAAAGAAAUGAUUUUUCAGAGGUCCGUCUUCUCCAUCAAGUACUUCGGAGUCCUUUCCAGAAGCAUUCGGCAGCUGAGAAAGCAGGCUACGCCUUACCAACUCCUUCUUGGGCUAAAGAUCUCAGAGUCAGUUGCUCAUCUUAAUUUGGGAAAAAUCAAUUAAAAAUACUUCUAUUAUUUAACUUAACAUGGAAUAAUCUAUUCAGUAAAUUCUUAAUUAAGGAUUAUCAUCUACAUUUUGAGGACAAUCCCAUGUUUAAUAAUAAUGAUUAUAUGCAAAAAUAUUUUUAGCCAAAUAAAUUGGACCUUAUUCUUGAAA